AUGAACGGUGAUGACGAAAAACGCAGCAAACGGAAGCUUCCAGUCACAAUAACUGAUCAGUACGACAGGGAAUUGCAGCCAAAUGAAAUUGAGACGCUCACGAAGCGUCAGUCGAGGCUGCAGCUCAAAUGUACGGACGACACGACGUUUAAUGUGACGUACGAGCAGGCAAUGAUGUCAUCAACACUCUGGGGAUUGAUGCAAGAUGCGUCGGAGACGAAGCAUAAAAACGGCGCCAAACACCACGUCAUUCCCAUUUUUGAUGUGCCAACCGAAAGUGUACAACGUGCACUGGACUAUUGCAGUUGUUUGUAUAAACAGCAAGUGGACCGUGUCGAUUUGGCGAUGCUGGAAUGGGAGAAAAAAAUUGUUGGUCUGGAGUCAAAGGAAUUGUGCGACUUGGCAAAAGUUGCAUCAAACUUGGACAUUCAACCAUUGGUGGACCUUACUUGUCGGUCUAUUGCACAGAUCAUGUCGGCGACCUCCGAGGCAGACGAGCUGAGGAAAAAGUUUGGGUUGGAAGACCCGCCAGAUGAUAUUGAAUGCAGCUGUGAGCUACGGAGUGACAUGGCAGGAUUCGACUUCGAUAUGUUUAAUUCACUGGACCAUGACCUCUCGACAGAAGAAUAUGAUCUAGUGGAGUUUGACCAGCCCAGCGUCGAUGAGUUGGUAAGUUUCAUCAACGGCAGCAGUAGCAACGUGAACACGACGUCGAAUCAGAUUAAACAGCACCAAGUUGCAAUAGGUGCUAAGAAGACCUGCCAUCGUUCCGGUGAGAAUUUGUCAGAUCCUGGCGACUCUAUCAAUAGUAGUGUUAUGGCCAGCAAGAAGAAGCGCAAAAAACGCAAAAAGAAGAAAUCGCCUUAUACGUUGCUGCAAUCCGACACACAACCAGAGUGUGCGAUGAAGUCCAAUUCAAUGGGGUCCAAUAAAACGAUUCAGGAGUUGAGCAGUAGCGACGAAGAAAAAGAAGAACCAGAUUCUACUUUGACAGAAUUGUCAAGUUCUCGAAACGGAAAGAGCACGAGACAACAGACACUGGAAGAAAAAGUCCGGUUAGCACGACAAAACCCGAGUGCAGUGUUUAAGGAAUCACAAUUCGAAGAUGACGACGACGAGGAUAUGGCGAAGGUUAUCAAGAUGUUCGAGUUAAACCUAGAGUCUGCGUACCGGGAUUGCGGCAAGAAGGAAAAGCCCCGUCUAAACUUUGCACCACGCGAAGUGUUCCGGUCCUCAACUGUGCGCUCGUCGCAAUUUAAUUAUGUACAGAGCCGUUUGUCGGCUACCUGA